UACUCUCGUUUGUUGAUUUUCUCUUUGCACACGAACGAUGGCAACAUCGAGUGAAGAGGUACAAAACUAUACGUCGAGAGCGACGAUGAGCUUGGAGAUCAAGGCAGGAGCAAGACGCAUGAUCGAAGUGCAGACGCGCGUCUACACGCGAUGGAUCAACGCACGUCUAAUGAAGCUGGAGAAGGAACGUGCUGGAGAGAAAUCGAGUGGAGCAAGUAAUCCUGUUGGACGAUGUGAAAAUCUCUUGUCUGAUCUUCGAGAUGGGACUCUUCUCAUCAACUUGACAACAGCCAUUACAGGGAGGAAACUGCGUGUCAAUAAAGGGAAGACUCAGGCACAUUUCAUUGACAACAUUCAGGAAGCACUUCGCUGUUUGAAAAGUGUCGGUGUUGAUCUCACAUCUAUUACCGAGCAUCUCAUUAAUGAAGGCAAUUCUAAAGCUACCCUCGGCCUCAUAUGGAAGAUUAUCACAUUCUACAAUCAUAGACAGUUGGCUGCUUUUGGUUUAUCAUCAAAUAAGAAUAUAAGAAAGGAGUUAUUGUCUUGGUGUCAGAGGCAUCUGAUGAGUUACAAAUCGUAUGGCGUCGAAGUGACUGAUUUUGGAUCAAGCUGGAAGGAUGGUUUGGCAUUCAUUGCUCUUAUGCAUCGUUUCAAACCAAAGGAUGUGAAUAUUGAUGACCUGAAAGAGCUCUCUUCAAAUGACCGUCUGGAAGUGGCUUUCAUGAUUGCUCACAAGGAGUUUGGGGUGGAGCAGCUGCUUGAUGCUUCAGACAUGGAGAUGUUUUCAGACAAAGGGAAAGCUGGUUCACCUUCCAAACGACUUGACGAUUCACCUGUCCUCACAUAUGUUUCUGAACUGCGCAACAGUAUUACACAACAAUUUCCUGAGGAUCCCAGACUCACACUAGAGUCGGUAACGAAUGGAAUUCAGAUGGUUGAAAAAUCAGCAGACUGUACCAAUGCAAUUGAAUGCUUGGAGAUGUGGAUCAAUACAGCCGAAAAGCUUGUGAAGGAGACACCGAUGAAGGGUGAAGAUGGUGAUGAAGAAGACAUGCAUGCUUUGGUUGCAAUACUCGAGAGUCAUUUACAAGAUCCUGACACUAUACUUCAUAACGCCACCGCAUAUGUGCAGAAACAGACGAAGUCACUUCCGUCUGUUGAUGCUCAACAAUUGCAAGACAAACUUUCACAUCUCAAAAUGCAAUGGACAUCUGCAAAGGAUGCAUUGCCCGUCCGACAAGCAGAACUGAAGUUUCUUGGUUGUGUAGGAAUCAUUCAUCGUUGGGUUCAUGAAGGACAAACAACAUUGCAAAAGCUGAAGUUGAUUGAGCCAUGUGGUUGUGUGGGUGAUGUGCAGCAGCUGUUGUCUCAAUUCAAUGUAGCGUUUGAUGUCGCUUUCCUUCAACGCGGGACAGAAGCGUCCGACACGCUCAAACGUCUGGCAAGCGAACUAACAGCGUUCGAAACGUGGAACAAGGUGGACGACACCCGCACAGUUUGCGCACGAGAAGUGGCAACGACGCAAACGAUGGCAUCCGGGAUUGCGGAAUACGGCGGCUUGCUCGAGCAGUGGAUGAACCAGUGGCAGGUUUUCGAGAACGACUGCGCCGCGUUCGACCGCUGGCUGUCGAAAUCCGAGCUUCUGCUCGGACGGCGCGAAGACGCAGAGAAAAGUUUCGCCGUCGCUCCUCAGGCUUUCAUGGACAGCUACCAGGAUGUGUUGAAGACGUACAAGUCUCAGCAUAAAGUAUUGGCUUCGUUAGAAAGCAGACUUGAGCAGCUUCGUCCUGAUGAGUCGCUGAAGAAGAAGGUGAAGUCGUUGAGGGAAAGAUAUGAGCAGCUGGAAGAAUGUGAUAUUAAUGCAUGGCUUGAAGUCUUUCGACUAUUUUUUGAUGAGGUUCUUGCAUGGAUCAGCAGAGCUGAUCAAGUUCUUCGUACAUCAGACGAUUCACUAAGAGACAAGAGUCCUCCAUCUUUGUGUCAGGACUUGUUUGAUCAGUUGCCCAAAGUGCAGGAGGCAUUUGUCACAUGUGAACAGAAGGCAAACGAGAAUGUAACACAAACUCCUGAUUGGUUCAGUGAGCAGCUGAUGGCAUCGAAACCCAAGCUGUUUGAGCUGAAACAAGAGUUGGAGGAAAGACUGGAAGAGGUUCGUAUCUCAUUAGCUGGCGGCGAGGAAUUUAACCAAGCAGUCGAAAAGCUUGAAGAAAAGAUCUCCCAAGCUGAGGAUCUCAUUUCUCAACAAGCAGACGGAGAAACAGGCCUGUCACCGAGUGUAGCACUCGACAAGUAUCGAGCCAUGUGCAACCCCACGUGGCUGAAAGACGGAGAUGACAUCAUGCAAGAGGUUGAACAACAUGCAGAUGAGAUAUUGAAAUCGGGUAAGAGCCGAGGAGCUGCUCAACUGGAGCAGCAGAUGCUCGAAUUGUCGGAAUCGUGGGAGACUGUGAAGAGUCAAUUGAUGUUGGAGAGGAGAGCGUUAGAGUUCCUGAUUGUGCAGGCUGAGAUGGAGACGUUGUUGAACAGCGGACUGAAUGAGUUGGAUAAUGUGGAGACGGUGAUGGGGCCCUUGGAGACUCUGUUGAAUCAGGAGCAGAGUUAUAGGCAAUUUUUUGAAGAAAUGCAGUUUGAGUCGGUUGCUGAGUCUUACUUGAAGAAGAUGCAAGAAAUGGCCAAUGAAGACAAGAAAGGCGGAGAGGCGACAGCCAAUUAUGAUGACAUUGUUAGUCACGUGACGGGAAGGUUGAGGAAUCUGAUGGAAGUUGCGGAGAAACUGAAAAAGAAGCUGGACGAGGCGAUUAACAGAUGGACAGUGUUUGAGACUGAGAAGAGUGAUGUAGAAAUAUGGAUGGAUGAGAAGGAGCAAACACUUUCUGGGAUCGUUUCUCAGUGUGAGCAGCGAGAGAUGGAAUGGAACGGUGUAGAAGAUGUCGACAAAGUGCUGGAAGAGCUCACGCGGUUGUUGCAUCAAGUUGACGAGUAUGGUGACUUUCUCGCUCCAUUUGUCGAGACUGGAGAGCAGCUGAGAGACGAGUGUGAGGAGAAGAAGGUUGCUGAACAUGAGAAUAGUGUGAAGAAUUUGGAAGAUCGAUAUGAACAUCUACGAUAUGAGAUUGAGGAGUUGAUACGACCUUUGAGUGCAUUGCGUUCAUCAUGGCACAGUUUUGUGAACGUCUCCGGUGAGAUUGUCGAUUGGCUGGACGACGCUCAUACAUUGUUGAAGGAGUGUAGUCAAGUUGAAGAAAUAGAUGAGGCAGAAGGAUACGUUAACAGGCAUAAAGAGUUCUUCACACCUCAGACUCUGAAGCUACAAAACUCUAAGCUAACCCACCUCUCGCACCUUCUCCAAGAAGUCUCCACGUCUCGUACAGUUGAUCGCAUUCGCUGCCCGUCUCACCUGUCCACACAACUGCAACAUCUCAACGAUCGCUACACUCAAAUCUGCCAACUGCAACAGUCAGAACUCGAAUUCAUCGAGACGCUGUGGCGUUACCUGCAAGUCGCUGUCGAUAUCGAACACUAUCUUCAGGAAAUUGAACUUCUUCUCUUCAAACUCGACUGCGACAGUCAAGCACAGGAUCAACUACAACAUCUCCACACACUUCUCCACGAGUUGAUUCCGAAGCAGGAGAAGCUACGAGAGUUGGAGCAAAUGCGUGUGAAUCUCGAGCAAGCGGCAGGCGAUCGUAAGGUGUCUUCGUCUCACGACGAGAUGAAUCGUCGGUUUGAGGAGAUCAAGGUCAAGCAGGCGGCACUGUUUCAGAGGAGAGAGACGGAGGAAGAAGCCCAGGAGUUGAUGGCUGAAAUAAGGAGAGACGUGGAGACGGCUAGAGAGGCAGUGAACGGCGAAAUACAAUGUGACAUAGACGAAGACUCGGCACAGAUUGAGAGACUGAAGGAAGCAAACUCUUUGCUGAUCAGUCACAGAAAGACGAUAUCUGACCUUACGGGCAAGUUGGCUGGUAAGGGUAGCUCUCAUUCAGCUCUGCAAAAAGAUCUCACUCAAUUGACGUCGUCGAUUGACCAAACAAGUAAGGACGUGGUGGCAGCCGAGAAGAGAUGCGAGGACGCACUCGUGCUUGUAGACGGCGUGAAGAGAGCUGUUCGAGAGGUGGGGCAGCGUGUUGGAGAUGUUGAUGUGGCAUUGAAGAUUCCGUGGAGAAAAGAUUCGACAGCAAGGAAGCUUGCAUUGAGGGAUUGCCAGGCUUCUGUAAGUGACACUCAAUGUGCUCAUCAAAAGUCCAACCUUUCUGCCGCUCACGAGUCCCUAAAUGCCCUUGCGGCUCUGUCUCUACCUAAUCAUCUCGUUCACUUGACGGACAGUGUCAAGAAAGUAGAGGAGAACUGGGAAGGCGCAGUGAAACGUGGACACAGUCGUAUUCGAAAGAUUCAGUUUGAGCAGCUACUGCUCGAUGCGAGAGAAAAAAUGAAGGCUGCCGACACUCACUUGAAGAAACUGGAACCGAUCGUAGGUCCUUCAGCUGAGAUUGAGAAACAACUUCACAGCCACUUGGAAUAUUUCCUUGAUGACUUUGAGACAUCCAUGGACUCACUCCAGAGCUCACUGGCAACAUUCAUUAAGUCAUCUCCAACUGACAAUGAUGAGUUAACCCAAGAUGAAGUCCAGACCAAAUCAGAUGAGAUUCGUAACCAAACUGAGGCUUUACAGUCUGAACACGGGCGAUUGAAAGUCGGUAUGGAGACGGCCUUGAAUGAGUGGCAGAAGUUUGAUCAGAAGUGGAGUGAGAUGUGUGACUGGCUGAAGGGCUGUGAGAAGCAGCUGGAAGAGUUGAGAGACCGUGGCAGUGGAGAGGGAACUAGAGAGAGGGAGGUCAAACUACAGAGUUUGAUCACUGACGUCGAGAGUCGGAGAGAUGCUCUGAAGCGACUCGUGGACACGGGUCAUCGACUGUGUCAGAAGUGCAUCCAACCGACAGACGACCAAAUCAGAAACCAACUCGGCGACGCGACGAGACGAUACGACCAGUUGCAGAAUCAGGCAGCGUCUGUCGUCGCCGAGACGCAGAGCGAAGCGGCCGCACGAGUGUCGGGUUACGAGGGAAGAGCGCGACGUCUCACUUCGUGGCUAGACGCCGUCAAUAGCGACAAGACGAGCAUUGCAGCCAAGGAGGCGACGACCGGAGAAGACAAACGGACACUCCAGAGCAUUCUCAAUGAAGAACCAGACAGGAAACGAGACCUAUUGGACGUUCAAUCAUCCUUUGAUGCUCUAAGCCGAGAUCCCGGCUUUUCCACGGCAGUAAACGUGCAGUUGAGACCCAACGCUGUGAUGACUCGAUUCAGUGACAGUUUACGGGCAGUGAGAUGUUGUUUGGUACGUGUGAUGCUUGAAGAAGCGGACAAGGUUUUGCAUCAUGGAGAGAAGAUCGUAGGAAAUCAGGAGAAUUUCAAUGACGCAUUGGAAGAGCAGGAGACAUUCUUUGUGGAUGGUGACCAUCAAAAGUUGGAGGAACUCAUUCAACAGUUGGGUGAUGAGGAGGAUGAGGAUCAACCUGAUGGAUGUGUGGCAGGGCAGACUGAUGAUGUGAAGCUAUGGUUUGACAAGGUCAAAGCGAGGGAACUACAGGUUCACAGUCGUCUGGCCAGCGCUGUAGGUGCAUGGAAACGACACGAUGAACUUCACGCUGAACUGGACGGUGGAAGCAACCAACUGCAAACACAAUUGGCAGAAUGUAGAGCAAAGCCUGUUGGAACCAACUCUCAGGAAAUCUCAGAACGAAUUGCUCAACUUGAUAGUAUCUGCGAAUACAACAAAGAAAUCUUUAGUGUUGCCGAGGCUCUUCGUCAGCAGGUCGAUCUCCUUGCAACGUUUGCAUCUCCCAGCCAACAUGACGAAAUCUCUAAAACAGUUGAUACACUUUGUAACGGACUGGAAGAUGCAAAUAGGGCAAUAGAAGAUAUGAAUGCUGACUUGAGGGGACGGAAACAAGCUGCAAGCACGAAAGCGAAGGCUUUGGAGAGACAAUGUGAGAAGCUGGAGAAGAAGACGAACGAGUUGGAUCAGAGGAUGAGGGACUUGCCACGUAUUGAGUAUGAUGUGGAACCGUUGAAUGAACUGACAAGGAAGAUUGAGACAAUGAACGAUGAGGUCGACGUGUUGCGGAGGCAACUCGAAGGUCUACAGAAGACUGCAGCAGAGCUCGACGGUUUCCUCGACAGUUUGGUCGAGGAUCGACUCAAACAGCUGGACACUCGACUUGAGAACGUGAGCAUCAGUGUGGCCGGGAGGGACGCCGAGGUGUCGGUUGCGGCCCGAAUGACUCACGAUGUGAUGGAGAGACUUGACAUGGUGGAGAAUGAAGUCACGCAUCUUGACCAACAAUUCCAAGGCGAACUGCAGGAUCGUAUUAUGGCUCUGGAGCCUCAGGCAGUAAGAGAAUACUCGGGAAAUCUACAGGCGUUUCGCGCUCAACUCGAAACUUUACGUCCUCAACUGGCAAGCUGUCUCGACCCACUCUCUUCUCGCGGUGGUGCCCACACUCAAGCAUUAGAGUCGCGUGCCGAGUCGUUGGGUGUACGGAUAGAGAAUGUGGGUAAGAGAGGAGAGAGUCAACUGCAAGCGUUGGAUGGUCUUACCGCAGAUUUGGUGGACUUGGAAUCACGGACGACGGAGAUUGCUGCGUGGACGGAUGCUGUUAAGGAGAGAGUUGAUGGGGAGCCAAACGCACAAGAAUUAGAGGAUUUAUUGACUGAGCUACAAGAUAACAAGGCAAAAUUGGGACGCGUUCGUGUGUUGGCUAAUACUUUGAAGUCGACGUAUCCAAAGGUUGACCAUCGGCGUCUUUCACAGAAACUGGAAGAUGUGAAGUCGAAACUAAAUGAGGUUAAAGACACGUUGACUACUGUUCAAGCUCAUGUCAAUUCGUCUCUUGAUGGUAACGGUUUGGAUGUCGAUGUCGGUCAAUUGGACGAUCUCUACAGGCCAGUUAUGGUGUGGUUGGAAGGGAUAGAGACACGACUACAGUCGGAUGAAUUUGAGUUGGUUGACAACAUACAACAGAUAGAGUGGAAACUUAAUCAAUGCCAGGGUAUACAAAGUGAGAUGGACGCUCACACUCCCGAUUAUGAUCUCGUCUGCGACAAGGUGGAUGGACUGAAGCGAGCUCUUCCCGAGAGUCAGUAUCCUCUACUUGACAAGAAACUUCGGCAACUCGACGAGAAAUGGGCAACAGUGGGCGACCUACUGACCGACAUUUUGGGAAGUUUUCGUGAUCGCUUGACUCAUCUUCUCGUUGAGGCAACCGGAAUCGUGGAAGGAAACGAGACGUGGCUUCGAGACAAUCAAUGUUGGUUGGACAGUUUGGAGGACAACGACGACGAAGGCAACAAUCCGUUGGACAAGUUGGAUAAACUAGAUGAGGUGAUUGCUGACGCGAAUGAGAGAAAAGCUGUUUUGGAUGACUCUCAGGAAGAUAGGGCUGCAGAACUCUCUGACGAGUUCGCCGACUUCAUUGACAAACUGAAUGAAGCGAAAGAGAGACUGGAGAGUGUAGAAGAGGAGGAGGAAGUCGAACCCAGUCGAUUGGAUGACGUUGAUAAACGAUUGUGUGAAAUAGAAAAGGCACUGGAAACGUUUCAAGAUGUUGACGAGUUGCCAGGAACUCAAAUAGAAGGAGAAAGAGAACGAGUACAGGUGAUAGCCAGUACGUGUCACAAACUCCGUCAAAAUCUAGACAAUCUACAGGCGGAAAGAGACGACAAUGAUGACGAUGACGAAUCCGGCGAGCAACCGUCAGACGUUUUAGCAGGCGGAGGCGCCGACCUCGACGCACUCAUCGAUCGCCUGACCGAAGCAACGACAGCAAUAGAACGCAGACUCGACCAACUCAAACUAAUAAAAGAGCGGGAAGGUCUAAGUCGAGGACCACGCGAUUCAUGGUUGUUGUGGUUCCUCUCGUUUCUCUUCAUGGUGGUGAUGAUACUCUUCAUGCUGUCGUUGAAAUAUAUGACCUUCGAUCAGUCGGGAAGGCCAAACAUUUUCAGUGUGAACGUUGAUGGAAGUUCACCAAAGUAGAUGCCCCUAGCAUUCAGAGUAUGUUAUCAUGCUGAUCCUUGAUUCUAAAGGAAACAGUCUGCUUUUAAUGGACGUUGUGUCCAUCUCCUUUCGGAUUGACUUUUAUGCUUUUGUGCUGGCUAUGCAUUUACUUUGAAAUACGUAAUGAUUCUUACACUUGUGGGUAGAUAGAGAUGGAAAUUUAUAUUGUAACAUAAUCGGA